UAGAAACUUUGUAUGUAUCAUUCUACUUCAGCCAUCUGAAGAGGCCAUAAAGUAUUUUUAUUCCUAACUUUCAGAUAAUGAGGUAGACCUAGAGAGAUUGAGUAAACUUAAUCAAAGUCAAAUCUUAAGGAAAUGGAAGUCUUGAUAUUUGACUGAUAUUCUGUUGGACUCCAACUGUCUCCCUACCACUGUCUUUGAAAGGCAGGUUGAUAUGUCUCUGGAUGGCAUUAAGAUAUCUUAUGAAUGUAUAUUACAGCACCAACCUGUAAACUCUCUAGAGAUAAGCCCAUUUCAUCAGCACCUAGUGAUAUGGGCUACACAUGCAAUGCCCAUCAUAUAGACCUGGACAACUCAGUUCUGAGCUCCAGAGCACUAAAUAGACAAGUGGUAACUUCAUGCAUCCUGUGGUUCCUGUGGUUCCUUUUCUUUAGGUGUAUGGAGAAAAUUGCCAUGGAACAAGGAAACCUCACGUGGGUAUCAGAAUUUGUCUUCCUGGGACUCUCACAGACUCGAGAGCUCCAGCUUUUUCUGUUUCUGGUGUUCCUGUUUGUCUAUACCACCACUGUCAUGGGAAACCUCCUCAUUAUGGUCACGGUGACCUCAGACACACGGCUCCACACACCCAUGUACUUUCUGCUCCGAAAUCUGGCUGUCUUAGACCUCUGUUUCUCCUCUGUCACUGCCCCAAAGAUGCUGGUGGACUUCCUCUCUGAGAAGAAGACCAUCUCCUACCAGGGCUGCAUGGCCCAGAUCUUCUUCUUCCACUUUCUGGGAGGCGCCAUGGUCUUCUUCCUCUCAGUCAUGGCCUAUGACCGCCUUGUUGCCAUCUCCCGACCCCUCCACUAUGUGACCAUCAUGAAUACACAGCUCUGUGUGGGACUUGUGGUGGCUAGCUGGAUAGGAGGAUUCGUCCAUUCCGUUGCCCAACUGGCUCUGAUGCUCCCGUUGCCUUUCUGUGGCCCCAACGUCCUGGAUAACUUCUACUGUGAUGUCCCACAAGUGCUGAGACUUGCCUGCACUGACACCACCCUCCUGGAGUUCCUCAUGAUCUCCAACAGUGGGCUGCUGGAUGUCAUCUGGUUCUUUCUCCUCCUGACCUCCUACUCAGUCAUCCUGGUGAUGCUGAGGUCCCACUCUGGGCAGGCGAGGAGGAAGGCAGCUUCCACUUGCACCACCCACAUCGUCGUGGUGUCUAUGGUUUUCAUUCCAAGCAUUUACCUCUAUGCCCGGCCCUUCACCCCCUUCUCCAUGGACAAGGCUGUGUCCAUCAGCCACACGGUCAUGACCCCCAUGCUCAACCCCAUGAUCUACACCCUGAGGAACCAGGAGGUGCAGGCAGCAGUGAAGAGACUAGGGAGGCGCCGGCUGGUUUGUAAAAGGAAGUGACAAUGAGUGGGUCACUUCUCUCUGGCUUUGUGUUCCAUUUGUAAAAUGGAGGGAAAGCUACUGUGUCUGCUGGCUGUCUUCAUAGCUUGUGCCUAUGUUGUGGAGGUCAUCAUAGAAGUGAGUUUUGAAACUAAGCAACUGACUCAGAUCUUUGGGAAAAAGGGAAAAGUCCCCUUUGGUGGCUAAGGCUUGUGCCAGGUUUCUAAAACCCCUGCUCAUUGAGAAGUGUUCUCAUGACUCUGGAAAGCUACACCCUUCUUUCCCCCUUCUUGGGGGAAUCGUUUCCUCUUGUGAUGAGGGCAUUUCCCCCAGCGAAGGCACUUCUAGUUUACGUGUUUUGACUUCUCUUCCCAGCACCCCUUUUGACCUGUGUCCAGAGUGUUAGAGAAAGCACAGACCUUGAAGACAUAGCCUUAGCUUGGGAGCCCUGGACCCAUAUGUUACCAGACUGCUGACCUUGGAUAAGCUGCCUGGCCUCUCUUGAACUCAUGGAUUCCUCCUCACCAAACUGGCAUAAAGCAAUAUCUGUCCCAAUAAUCUCACAGAUUUGUUAUAAGAUCCAAAACGUGUAUAAGAAUAUUUUAUCAACCUUACAUAGAACCUAUGUGA